UCUUUCUCCCAAGGAGCAGCUGGUGGGUUCAAACUGCCAACCUUUCAGUUAGCAUCUGAGCGCUUUACCACUGCACCACCAGGGCUCUUUCUGCCAAUCACAGAGACCCAGAUAUCCCAGAAGCAGCAGACCUAGCAGGGUUUUAAGCUAAAGAUGUGGUGACCUAGGAUCUUGUUUGGUCCUGAGCACCCUCUGUUGGAGCAAGAGUAAAAGUGACUGACACUUAAUUGGUUAAAUCUUGAUUUCUCUGUCCCACCUCCAGUAAUGUCUCAUGGUUCUCCUGUUGUUUCCACCUUGAGGGCAUGUUCUAUAUUGGGAGGGAGUAGGGAAACCAAACUGACACGGUGGGCUCAGGCAGCCUGGGGAAACAGAAGCAAGUGGCUUCUGCUGAGGUUAAAAUCUUUCUUCUUCGUCUGAUGAUUGCAUAUAGGAGUUCAUUAGUCAGUGCCAUAGCUACUUCCUUCUCCUCCCAAAUGAAUAACACUCAUCCUCCAUUUUGAUCCAUUUUUACCAGUUUUGAGAAUUUCCUUCAUUUUCUAUUCAGUCCUCUGAAGCAGUGGAGGAAGAGAGGAUUUCCAAGUGAUCGGAUGAUGACUCCUCACUGUUCUGCUUUUGACACUGCCAGUCAUCAUGGAAAUAAGUUCAGAGUUGUUCUGCGUCGUCUCACCAUAUCUCAGCAAAUCCAGGCCAGCCCUAGAUGUCACUAAGGGAACUGAUAAUGUUGCUAGUGCACACCUAGCUCAAAUCCUCUGUUCUUUCACAGACAUGUCUGCUCUGAUUUCACUCAGGAAACGUGCUCAAGGGGAGAAGCCCUUGGCUGGUGCUAAAAUAGUGGGCUGUACACACAUCACAGCCCAGACAGCGGUGUUGAUUGAGACACUCUGUGCCCUGGGGGCUCAGUGCCGCUGGUCUGCUUGCAACAUCUACUCCACUCAGAAUGAAGUGGCUGCAGCACUGGCUGAGGCUGGAGUUGCUGUGUUUGCUUGGAAGGGCGAGUCAGAAGACGACUUCUGGUGGUGUAUUGACCGCUGUGUGAACAUGGAUGGGUGGCAGGCCAACAUGAUCCUGGAUGAUGGGGGAGACUUAACCCACUGGGUUUAUAAGAAGUAUCCAAACGUGUUUAAGAAGAUCCGAGGCAUUGUGGAAGAGAGCGUGACUGGUGUUCACAGGUUGUAUCAGCUCUCCAAAGCUGGGAAGCUCUGUGUUCCGGCCAUGAACGUCAAUGAUUCUGUUACCAAACAGAAAUUUGAUAACUUGUACUGCUGCCGAGAAUCCAUUUUGGAUGGCCUCAAGAGGACUACAGAUGUGAUGUUUGGUGGGAAACAAGUGGUGGUGUGUGGCUAUGGUGAGGUGGGAAAGGGCUGUUGUGCUGCUCUCAAGGCUCUUGGAGCAAUUGUCUACAUCACAGAAAUCGACCCCAUCUGUGCUCUCCAGGCCUGCAUGGAUGGGUUCAGGGUGGUAAAGCUAAAUGAAGUCAUCCGGCAAGUUGAUGUCGUAAUAACUUGCACAGGAAAUAAGAAUGUAGUGACACGGGAGCACUUGGACCGCAUGAAGAACAGUUGUAUUGUAUGCAAUAUGGGCCACUCCAACACAGAAAUUGAUGUGACCAGCCUCCGCACUCCUGAGCUGACAUGGGAACGAGUACGGUCUCAGGUGGACCAUGUCAUCUGGCCAGAUGGCAAACGCGUCGUUCUCCUGGCAGAGGGUCGUCUGCUCAAUCUGAGCUGCUCCACAGUCCCCACGUUUGUUCUGUCCAUCACAGCUACAACACAGGCACUGGCACUAAUAGAACUCUACAAUGCACCUGAGGGACGGUACAAACAAGAUGUGUACUUGCUCCCUAAGAAAAUGGAUGAGUAUGUUGCCAGUUUGCACCUGCCGUCAUUUGAUGCCCACCUGACAGAGCUGACAGAUGACCAAGCAAAAUAUCUGGGACUCAACAAAAAUGGGCCAUUCAAACCCAAUUAUUACAGAUACUAAUGGACCAUAUUACCAAGGACCAGUCCACAUGAACCACACAAAUCUAAAAGAAAUAUUUUUUAAGAUAAUUUUUAUUUUCUUCAUACUCCUUUCCUCUUGAUUUUUUUUCCCCAUAAUUUCAUUCUUGUUUUUCAUCUCAUUAUCCAAGUUCUGCAGACCACACAGGAACUUGCUUCAUGGCUCUUUAGAUGAAACUGAGGUUCAAGAUUCCUCACCCUAGUCACUAACGAAGGAUUUUACUCUCCCAGCCCAGAAAGGUGAUUCCUUCUUUACCAUUUCUGGGGACUUUAGUCUUAAUCGGGUACCUUAUUAACAGGAAAUGCUAAGGUACCUUCUAUGUGGAACAAUCUGCAAUGUCUAAAUUGCCUUAAAAGAGCCCAUUUCUCAGCUGCUGAAAUCAGUGCUCUUUCACUUCUUCAGAGGAGCGGGGUUGGUAGCUUACCAGCCAGGUAGGUUAGAUAUAGGUGGUGCAUGUUAAUUUCCCUCUGAAGUUCCAAGCCCUGUUUCCUGUGUAAAGGUGGUAUGUCUGGUUCAGAGAUGUGUAAUAAUGAGUGUUGUUUAUUAAGGUCCAGUAGGCCCACUUGGAUUCAGUACAGCCCUUCGUCUACUCCUAGUAAACCCUCUCGUUUUUCUAGUUUUUAACCAGACUGCACUUUAUUAAGUUGAAUUUUGUCCCCUAGCAUUUGUUAUUUCUGUUGU